AUCGCCCCUCUGUCACAGCAUCAUCAGAUCGUUAAAAAAAACUUCACCCUCUCUUCCUCUUCUUCCUUGAUUCUCUCUCAACUGUGAUCCUCCUCCGUUCGAUCGGCAGAGGAGAGCUGGAUGGGAUGGCCUCAAAGCCUUGGCUAUGUCCGGCUCCCUCUUACAGUAGUUUAGAGGCGUUCUGGGACACAGAUGAAGACGCCCCUGGCCCACGCUGCGCCCACACCUUCACCGCUGUCGCAGCCACCAAAACACACGGCCCUCGCCUCAUCCUUUUUGGCGGCGCUACCGCUAUUGAAGGCAGCAAUGGUGGUCCAGGAAUCCGUCUUGCUGGUGUUACCAACUCUAUUCAUUCUUAUGACGUCCUCACCAGAAAAUGGACCAGAUUGCGACCAGCUGGAGAGCCCCCUUCACCAAGGGCUGCACAUGCUGCUGCAGCGGUAGGAACUAUGGUUGUAUUUCAGUGUGGCAUAGGACCUGCUGGCCAUUCAACAGAUGAUCUAUAUGUUCUUGACUUGACCAAUGACAAAUUGAAAUGGCACCGAGUUGUAGUUCAAGGACAGGGUCCUGGCCCACGAUACGGCCAUGUUAUGGAUUUGGUCGCUCAAAGAUAUCUUGUUACCUUUGGUGGAAAUGAUGGUAAAAGAGUUCUGUCAGAUGCCUGGGCUUUGGAUACAGCUCAGAAACCAUAUGCAUGGCAAAGGUUAAAUCCAGAUGGGGAUAGACCCUCUGGUAGAAUGUAUGCAACUGCUAGUGCACGUUCAGAUGGAAUGUUUUUGCUCUGUGGUGGGAGAGAUGCUUCAGGCAUACCCAUGCCUGAUGCUUAUGGACUACUUAUGCAUAGAAAUGGCCAGUGGGAAUGGACUCUCGCUCCUGGGGUUGCACCUUCACCAAGGUACCAACAUGCUUCGGUUUUUGUUGGUGCAAGAUUACAUGUUACUGGAGGUGUACUUAGGGGUGGUCGCGCUGUAGAAGGUGAAGGAGCUAUAGCAGUUCUGGAUACUGCUGCGGGAGUUUGGUUAGAUAGAAACGGACUCGUGACUUCUUCGCGUAAUACCAAAGGGCAAACAGAACAUGAUCCUUCAUUGGAGCUUCUACGUCGCUGUCGUCAUGCAGUUGCAGCUGUUGGUGUUCGGAUAUAUAUUUAUGGUGGCCUUAGAGGAGAUACACUAUUGGAUGAUUUACUGGUUGCAGAAAAUUCUCCAUUGCAGCCAUCAGAAUCAAAUUCCCCAUCUUUAACAUCUGAGAGAGUCCCAGCAUUGGGGUCUCCUAGCACGGACAGAAGUUCAUUGGAAAAACUAGCUGAGGCUUCUGCCGCUGAAGCUGAGGCUGCUAAUGCUGUCUGGCAAGCAGCACAGGCUGCAUCAUCUGCUCCUGAAGGAACAGCUGUAUCUGAUGACAAUUUCCGACCUACAGAAACCACAUCAGAGGGUAGUGACAAUGAAGUGGAUGUCCGCCUACACCCCAGAGCUGUUGUAGUUGCAAAAGAAGCUGUGGGUAAUCUGGGAGGAAUGAUAAGACAAUUAUCCUUGGAUCAAUUUGAAAAUGAAAGUAGGCGAAUGCUUCCAUCUCAAAAUGAUCAAACAAAUCAAACAAAAAAAAUUACAAGGCAGAAAUCUCCCCAGGGAUUGCAUAAGAAGAUCAUAUCUACUUUGCUCAUCCCUAGAAACUGGAAAGCUCCGGUCAACCGAAAGUUCUUUCUGGAUUCCUAUGAAGUGGGCGAGCUCUGUUAUGCUGCUGAGCAGAUCUUCAUGCAUGAGCCCACUGUUCUACAACUUAAAGCUCCUAUUAAAGUAUUCGGUGAUCUCCAUGGACAGUUUGGUGAUCUGAUGAGACUGUUUGAUGAGUAUGGGUUUCCAUCCACUGCAGGAGACAUAACGUAAUAUAAUAAUAGAGUUCUAUUCAUUCAUAAUUUUAUUUUAACCAAAUUUAAUAGUUCGUAGUUUAACUUAUUCACCUUUGUAGAGAAUUUUGUAGAGAAUGAGGUAUUAUUCUCUGAAAAAUCUGUUCUGACUCUUAAUGAAAUAGAACCCUUAAA